UGGAGCGGUCGUGUCACUUUGGGCAUCAGUUAUCAUGGUCCUUUUACUACAUCUUUCCUUAAGUUUGACAUAAUGGUUCAUUAAUGUGCUCUUGUAUAAAUGAAACUUCUUGCUGGCAUUGAUGAGACACCUCAUACUGUCCCCCAUCAUAUGCAGGUUUAUUUUAUGGAUACACAAAUUUGGUAUUCAGUUUAUUCAACUUUAUAUGGUGGUGUCAUUGGAGCCUUUGAUCGUCUAGGAGAGAUACGAACAUUGGGGAUGCUUAGAUCAAGGUUCCAGUCCUUACCUGGUGCAUUCAACACAUAUCUGGUGCCUUCAGAUAGGUCGCAGAAAAGAGGAUUUUCUUUUGCCAAGCGUUUUGCUGAGAUUACAGCAAGCAGGAGAAGCGAAGCUGCAAAAUUUGCACAAUUGUGGAAUGAAGUUAUAUGUAGCUUCCGAGAGGAAGAUCUCAUUAGUGAUAGGAAAGGCCUAAAAUUCAGUCAUUUUUUAACUAACUUGUGUUCAUCAUUUUAUUAA